AACAACUUUUUUUUGCAAUAAAACAAGCCCAAAUGGUUAAUUGACCUGAAACCUUUAGAAGAAAAUGUAUAAUGUAUUUAUCAACACUUUCUCAACUACUGCAGGAUCCAAACUGUUUUUUCUGCUCAUCAGACAUCCAGUAAGAUUUCUUCUUUUUUCAAAUCACAAAAGCUCUGCAAUAAGUUACAGAUCCAAGGUUUUUAUAGUAGUGAAGUCAUUCACAGAACUGGCUACAUAAGGUUUCGGAGAAUUAGUUUUUUUUUGUUUACAAAGUAAGACCGUUUGUUGAUUUGGUUUUAAUUGUCUGACAACUCUGACCCAAUCGGACAAUAAUCGGGUAAGCAAGGAAGAUGACAUAAAACAUAAUUUAAACAUUUUCCAUGAUUCUUCAAUGACGCGUGGGAGUUCCUUCAUAAGCUCAGUCUGAUUGUUUCCUGUGUCAGGCUUUCUUUAGUGCCUCAGACAGGAAACUUCGUGUUACUAGCGUAGAAUUAUGGUUUUGUGUAGUCUUCUCAUAUUUAUUUUGGCAUUCAACCAACUUGUGGUUGAUUUGGAUGCGUGGACAUGCCCAAAAGGUGAGAAGGUCUCUGAAAGUAAAAAAGGACAGAAGUGUGUACCCUGCGAUGAAGGAUAUUUCCAACCAACAGAAAACACUUCGAAGAGGUGUAAAGCAUGCAACUAUUGCAAAGAAGGGAGCACUCAAACCCAGAGCUGCACCAAACAAAAAGAUGCAGAAUGCAAGUGCCGUCAAGGAUUUGUUCCCUACAAUUCAGGCUCUAUCAUUUGCAAAUGCGACAAAGGAUAUGAAGAAAAACAAGGAGAGUGUUCAAAAUGCCGUGAUGGAUAUUUCAGCCCAAGAAUUGGCACAACCUGUAGAAAAUGGAAAGACUGCACAAAGGAGGGAGUGAAAAUAAAUGGCACCCCAACCUCAGACGUUGUCUGUAAUGAGGAGAAGGGCAAUAGUCCGAUUGCAACAGUGCCCAGCCCCAGCCGAAAUGUUUCUGUCAAACCUUUGGAAACCCACCCUCGACGUGAGGGGACUAACACACUGAUGACGCAUUUCACCACAACUCGUGCACAAAAGUCUACCGAAACAACAACAGUGCAGCCCCCUUUUCUGGUAGACACUGGAAACCACCUCGCCAAGGCCCUUCCGUUUUUUGGAAUUGGUUUGGUGCUUGUGCUGACUGCUGUGACCUGCAAGCUGUGCAUCACUCCUUGCUGGAAGAAAAGACCAACACGACAUGCAAACGAUUCGCAUUGCAGGAGACCUGUUGAGGAAAGCUGUGAAACCAGUGAAUCCUUUAUCAAACUAAAUCCGGAGCCCUGAGGUGAAGCUAGGUGCUGUCUAAUGCUGUGAAUGAUCCUUUUCAAUAAUAUAAAACUGAUCCUUGACAUGUUCCUUUCACUGUUAGUUUUAAGUCAGACCAUCUCUUUAUGGUCAAAGUAAAACCAUCUGCAUUGUAGCAGGUGUAUUCUCAAGUGCAGUGUGGUUCAUAUUCAACCCUUUUUACAAAGUCGUAUGAAUCACAUAUAAUUCCUUAAAAAUAGGUACACCGUUUAAGUGGUUACAUUUAUCUCUGACUUACUAUAAUAUAGUACUAUGUAUUCUACUAUAACAUUAUAUUGGUUUUCAGACUAUUUAUCAGUGUAACUGUUAUAUUUAUGAAGUUUCAAAACUGCAGUUUCUUUUUCUUAUGGUGACCUGAGAUAUUAUGCCAUUACUGCUCAUCUAAGGCAUUUACAUACAUGUGUUUCUGUGGUUUUUGUUAGUCUUCUGACAUUAUAGAAAGCUACAUGCUCUAAGUGGGCCUGGGACAAGUCUGAGAAAUACACAGUAUGACCAAUAAAACAGUAAAGUAAGAAAUUAUUCAUACAGCUGAUCCAGCUGUUAAAAAGCCAUAGCACAAGAAAUGUUGAACUUUUUCACUCUUUUUCUGUCUUGUUUUUGUUUGCUCACCCCUUUCCAUUGGUAGUGGACCCAUUCUGUGAAGAACUAGGUAAAAAACAGGCCUAGUGCAGGGUGUGUGGUUGGGAGAGUUCCCCUGUGGUGUUAACAGAGCUUAGCUUUUUCCCAUUAAGAUGUGCCUCCGCUCAUGUUUUCUUGUUCUCGCCUAUGGAAAGAUUGAUGUUAUAAAUGUGAAGACUUUUGAAGUUGUUUUUAACUUACUGUAGAUGAUUGUCUGAUAAAACCGUCAGAGGAGUUCUGAAAGCAUGCCCACAUUAUUUUCCUUCAUUGCCAUUACUCUUCGAAAAAAAACCUGCACACACACACAGGCACACAACCCCCCCCCUCCACACACACACACACACACAAACGGCAGCUUCAUGCGUAACCCCUCUGACUGUUUAGGAUUUUUUUUUAUCUUUAUGGAUAAAUAAAUAGUUCACUGAUUCAGUCAUGAAAAUGUAUUUUCUAUUCAGAAAGAUAAUUUUUGUAAAGCAAAUAAAGCAACAUAAAAGUAAGAAUCUUGGUGAUUUCAUGAUGC